AGGAGGGACCUCGGGGCUCCGCUCUGAACUUUGACUCCCGUCGGUCCCAGCCUCUCCCCGGGGCUCCCCUUGGCUUCCCGCUGCCCCCCCCCCCCCCGGCCCCCCUCUCGCUCGGCCUCGCAGGAUGCAGAUCUCACCCUUGCUGGCUGGUGGACUUUUACUCGCUCUGCUCUCCGUCAGGCUGGAGGCGAAGCCGGCAUCUCAGCUCCCACAGAAGGCCUCCCGCGGCUCGACGGCAGCAGCGGCGGCGGCGGCGGGUCCGCCCGAGGCGGCGGCGGAGCGGGAGAAGGAGCGGGACAAGGAGCGGGACAAGGAGCGCAGCAGCAGCAGCAGCAGCGGCGGCGGCGGCGGCGGCGGCGGGUCGGGCCCACGGGAGGCGCGGGAGGCGCGGGCCGAGACGCGGCCACGGGCGGGCUGGGCGCGGCUGCUGCAGGACCCGCCGGGCCGCCGCCACAAGGGCCUCCAUAAGAAGGGCCUGGGCAAGGGCUGCUUCGGCCUCAAGCUGGACCGCAUCGGCGCCAUGAGCGGCCUCGGCUGCUGAGGGACCCCUGGCGGGCUUUGAAUCCAUAGACCAUUUUCUCCUACCGUGGCCAGGCAGGGCCAUCCCCCAGGCAACGCCUAGAAAAGCAGAGACCCCCCCUGGAAUGGACAAAAGAUGUGGCUGUGUUUUUCUUUUUGGUACGAGGAGUCAUGGCACCAGCUGUUUUGGUUUUGUUAUUUUUUAAAAAAGUGCUCUCUAUCUUAUAUAUAUUAUAUAUACAAACACUCACCAAGACAAGGGACAGUGCUUUUUCCAAGAGACUGAUGAAGCCAGCUGUAUAACGUUGCUGUUUGUAAAUUCAUGUCAUGCAUAAAUGUAUUUAUGUUGUAAAGCUAUUUAUAUAUUGUUUAUAAAGAGAUAUUUAUAAAAAAAUUAUUUAUGUAACUAAAUGAAAAGUCAAGCAUUGUAACAUUUUUUGUCCUAAGUAGUUGAAAAACUUAAAAAAAAAAUCA